AUAUUUGAAAGAAUAUUUCGGGAGUGUUUCUGUAGGAAUUUCUGACUGCCGGACACGGAGUACUUUCAAAAACGUGUUCGGCUGCCGGACAUGUAGACUCAAAAACGUCUGCAAAUGAACAUUUCUACCGUAGUAAAUUCUCCGUGAACUUUAAAUAUUACGCUUUUAAAACAACAGUCAGGAAAAAUUACUUACUUCUCAACAGAGGUUUCUUUCGCUGCCAUGAUCAACAAGCUAAAUGAAAUGAUAAGAAAAGCUUUUCGCCAACAUUACUGAAACUUUCCAACCUUGUGUUGUUCCACAAAAAAGCAAUUUUCCAGGUGGCAUUACUUUCAACGUCAUGAAAAACCCAUGCUCAAGAAUGUACAAAAAUAAUUCUUGACAACAUAGGGAAUAAUGAGGAAAAAACCGACAUUUCAUUGAAAUAAAUUCUUACCGUGCUCAACCGUCUUCACCACGGUGAGAAACCGCGAGAAAACGCACCGUUUCAAAGCUCCGACGGUGACAUCUCAAAGGUGUGAAACGUUGCGUGACUCUCGUUUAACCGUCGUAGCCGACCGUCGUCGACAAUCUCAAGAGAGGAUGUCAGCAUCCAAAAUCUCUUAAAAAUCUUAAGAGAGCAAUAAAUGACAGUGAGGACCCGUAGGAUCAAAGUUGUUGAUGAUGUUGUUUUUGUUAAUGUUGGGCCCUGGGCAUCCAUUUAUGACAGCUUUUGCCGAAGGGUCUACCUCGGUAAAAUGUGUUAUAAUUGUUAUGAAUGGGUUUACUUAAAGAAAGACUUAGCUCUUUUGUUAAAGGCGCCGGACAACGAAAAUGAAUUUAAGUGAAUUUAAGCCAAGAUGAAUUGCGCCCUAGACCAUAAAAAUUUCGAGUUUGAUCGUCAGUGACUGAGAUUAGGAGAAUUGAUUCGAUGAGUUUGGCAAACCACUAGAUUCAUGUGCUACAAAAGCCCCGCUCACUGCAAGGACGAGACGUAACGUCGAAAGCGCCCUGUGUGACACCUGACCAAAACCGGCAUAUGGUAAAUUUUGGGCCUGCUUGCGAUUCAUCAGUAAUUUCCGAGGGAACAUAAUUUAUAUUCCCUUUAAAUUUCGUGGUUAUCGAAUUAAGGAAAUUAACAAAGAGGAGCUUUUUAUUGGUUGGUACUAAAUAUCUCGCUGGACUAAAUUUGACCCUCGUAUUGUUCAGUUUAUUUGCAAUCUGCCGUUUUAUUUCUUGUUAUUUGCCUCAAACGCUGCUUUUCCGGCAAUCUUCAGUUCUCAAGAUUUUAACUGAUGUAAUAAUACCCACCUUGAGGAUGAAAUCGAACUAUUUCAAAGAAAUUUCUAUUCUAUUGAGAAUGAUCAUGGUGAUCAGGCGCUCACUGAUUGGUUGAUUUCCACGGUACACCUGUUUACCUGAGUAAAUCAAAUUCGAAACAGUUUUUCUUAAGCCACCAAUUUACAUAUUUACCACUUGUGAUGAUUCAUCUUAUUAAAAAUUGCACGAAUGUACUCAGAUAAUUUUAUUCGCAACGAUUUUAAGCUUUUAUUUUGAAGAACACAUCAUGUUUCCUCCAAAAUCAACCAUAUCGUGGGGUGGAAGAUCUAAAUUUUGUUGGUUCAUUAUUGCUGUCAUGGCUGCGAAUUGCGAAGGUGCAAAAGACAAGAAAAGGGCGCAAGAGGUUUUAGAAAUUCAAGCCCACGAUUCACACCAUCUAAAGGAACAUCUGAUGGAACAAAUGGGAAUGGAUGAAGAAGCAGCAAUCAAAUACCUGAAUGAAACCAAGGGAGAGGUUCAGUUCUUCUUGAUGCAUGACUAUGAUAAUAACAGCAAGUUGGAUGGUCUUGAGUUGUUUCAAGGUCUCUCGCAUCAUGACCAUUCCCAGGACGAGAAAGAUGAUCACGAGUCAAGCAAAAUUGCGGAGGACGAAAUGGCAACUUUCGUUGACACAAUCUUAGAAGACCAGGACCGCAAUGACGAUGGGUAUAUCGACUACCCCGAGUUUGUGCACUCUUUCCGUCCAACUUCAGGGCACAGUGGAGGUUCAUAACACGAUGAUGAAAAUCAGAGAUGGAUACGCGAAGGACUUAAAAAUACGCCUUUUUUUUUAGGUUUUUUUGCCAGCCAGAGUAGAAAAUGUAAGGUUAUGUUAUUUAAGACUGCGCGCUUUUAGAUUAAGUUUCGCGAAACCAAAGCUAAUCAGAGCAAAGGUGAGUUUAACGAGGAAUCAAUCAGAACAUACGUGAACACUUGUAAAUAUCUUCAAGCGCGGGAAAAUUCAAGUGACAGAGUUCUGAUUGGUCGAGAUGGUGACGCGAGUGUUUAUAAAGCAAGACCAAUGCGAUUAUAGAUUUCGGACACUCAACUGAAAACUGCAUUAUCUGAAACUCAGGCAGAAAACGAGAAUUCGACUCGCACGUAGCCUUAAACUGGAAUCGGGUGAUACACAGUGGGUCUAAAUAAUAUGUACUACUUAUUGACUGUGUUGGUCGGGCCGGACGGAGAAGUUUUUGGCUCGUGGUCAUGAUGCACUCGGUCCGCGCGUCUUGAACGAGAACCAAAUAUUUUCCAUGUCGGCCCGCACAAGCUUAGUCAAAAAGCAUUUUAUCAUAUGACCACUCUGUUAAAAAUUUCGAAGUUUUCAUCUAAACCGAAAUAGGGCGCAAUAGAUGGGCUCACUUAUUCUAUAGCUAACAGGACUUAGGAGAGCAUUUUAACCGACACUUCUGCACAUGACUAAAGGAAAAAUUUCCGAAGGAAAACUUUCACGUAAGGAUUCUUUUCUGGUGACGAUACUUGUCUCAGAAACAACGUCAUUCACAGGAAUCAUUUCUAGUCUGUGGAUGGAAGCAACUAAGAGACCCACGAAAGAGCUCUAGCUCGGGAAAAAAAGAGACACAAGGAAUGAUUUUCAAAAACAGCAACAACAACGACCAAAUCAUUUUAGACAAAAAGGAUAUUACAAGUUUUGAAAAGGA